GUUUCUUUUCAUAUGACCACUGGAACCCUAGCCACGCAUAAUACCUCAUGUAGCAGUCGAGUUAUAACGUUCAAUACGUCCAAUAUUCAAUCCUGUAUUACUGAACCUAUCAUUACUUCCUUCUCUGAAAAGCCAAAUUAUCAGGGCGCUCUUAAAUCAGUCCUCCACACCGGCCAAACGGCUUCUUCGGCUCCCAAAUUGAUUGCACUACGAAAAGAUGCUGGCACCGGUCCAGAACCAGUCAGCCCCAUGGAUAGCUACGGAGCCCGAUGGCAAGGAGGAAGCAAUAAAUAAGGAUGCUAAAGACGGCGCCACUAGGCAUGUCCAGUGGUAUCAGCCUGCAAUCAAGUUUCUGCCACGAAGCACGGUCGACUUCUUUGAAAAUUACGUUGGGGUCAAGGGUAAAGAUGCAAUCACAACCCACAUUUACAAUGUCAGGGAUAUGGCCUGGCAAGUACUCCCCUACCCAUGCAUCGGCCUGUUCCGAUUCUUGGACUUCGGCAUACACCUCUCCCCGGAUUACCCAACCGUAGUCCGGCGCGUGCAAGAAGGCGCAACCUUUCUUGACCUUGGAUGCUGCUUCGGGCAGGACGUUCGCAAACUGGCCUACGACGCCGGAACAUCGUUCAAUCUGAUCGGCACGGACCUCGAAGAACCAUUCCUGCAACUGGGAUACGAGCUUUUCCGCGACAGGGGCCGUUGCGACGCGACCUUUGUACGCGGAAAUGUCUUUGAAGAAGACUUUCUUGAGCCAUACCGCGGCAAGAUCAACAUUAUUUAUGUGGGCAGCUUUCUGCAUCUGUUCAAUGAGGCUCAGCAGAAGAAGGUAGUGCGACAGGUAAAUCGGCUUCUGCGUCCCCAGAAAGGCUCUAUGGUGUUUGGACGACACCUUGGCGCAGAGAAAGGGGGUCAUUUUACCAUGAAGAGCAUUGGCUGGGACCUUUACAGGCAUGAUCUCCAAACCAUUGCCGAUCUUUUCCAGUCAAAUGGUUCAGCAGAUGGAGAUGUGCAAGAAGUCAAAUGGGAGGUCACCAGUUCAUUGGGCCGCUAUGAAUCUGCUAAUUGGGACGACGACAGGCGUGGUUGGCAGGGAGACGAGACAAAGCAGAUGAUUUUCACUGCAGUUAGGCUGUGAUUGCCAGCCAACUCGGAUGUAUCAGCUGCUAGCGACUUGACGUCGGGAUAUUAGAAUGCUGAAGUGAGAUUCAUAAUCUAGUCCUCGUCAACUCUUGAG